AUGCAAUUAAUCUCAGUUUAUUAUUCUUAUUAUGUUGCAGAAACGAUGAAUAAUAGAAGAAAUCCAACAGUUUGGCAAAAAUCACUUCAUUUUAUCCGAGCGUUCAAUCAUUUUCCGUCGGUACCACCGUCAGUUAACGAACGUGCUCUCCGAAAUGAACGCAUAUCAACACGACUGUUUAUUUUCCUCCUCGUUCUCUCAUCAAUCAUUCUUCUGUUAUACAACUCACUCAUCAAUGUCAUCACCAUCGAAACGGCCCAAUCGCCCCCUUUCGAACAAUAUCGACAACUGUACAAAAAAUAUCCUCAAACACUUACAUGUCCUUGUCAGAGUCUACUGAUUGAUUAUGAACAUAUUUUCGAUCUGGAUUAUACAUUACAUCAAGUAUGCACCAGCAUCUUUACCACCCAACAAUGGACGGAUUAUCUUUUUUCAUCAAAACCCAAUCAUGUAUACAGCACUGAUUUUCGUGUGGUAGGCAGCUAUUUAUUUGAGUCACUCGAUAUAUUUUGUCAGUUGGUUAAUCGAACAAUUCGAAACGAUAGAGAACAUUUUUGGCGUAAUCAUUAUGUUAGUGCAAUUGUCACACCUAUGGACUUAUUCAAAUCACAAAUUGAAACAUAUGUUCAUCAACUGCGAUCAUCUGCAACAAACAAUUUCAUUCUUUCGCUUAAUCUCCUACGUAAUACGACUCACAUCAAUGCUUUAUUAUCACCAAUGUCGAACAACUUUCAUCUUAGUAGACCGCUUGGCAGUAACACAUACUCUUCAAUUCCAACUCUCUUCGACAAUUGUCGUUGCGAUAUUUCAGCAAUGUGUCUUGGACCAUCAGCGAUAUUAGAAUAUCCCAGUGGUACACCAAAAUUUUAUGUGCCUGGCGUUUAUCAAGGCUGUUACACAGUCGAAGCACUUCUUCAUUCGACUCUCGAAUGUUUUUAUAAUUAUACAUGUCUCCAAGAACUUCAGUUACAUACAUUAGCGUCCAAAACAUUUUAUGUAAUGCCUCUGAAUUCAUUAUUGAAAAGUAAAUAUCCAAUUAAUUCCACAAUCGAACAACUCCUUGAUCAGUUAAUGAUUGAAGAAUGGACAUGGUCAAGUCAUUACGAGCAAUAUUAUAAUCACUGUCGACCUGUUAACUGCACGUAUAGUUAUCGAUCAAAGAACGGUUUGAUUUAUAUUGCAACAACAUCGAUUGGACUUCUUGGUGGUUUAGUUACUGUUUUAGAAUUUACCAUCCCACGACUGGUCAAAUUUAUUGAUUGGAUAAUUUUGGCACGAAGACAAAGAAGAAUCGUUUCUGGAGCUGUUCACUGUUGA